CAGCGUUGCUGAUGAUCUAACAAAAGGGGCUUAUUUUUUCUAAAGCCCUUCACGUGGUACAAUGUGGGGACUUCGUAGAGAUGCAGCGUUUCUGCUGCUUCUGUGGUCUGCUGUUGUAGUAAGUGUGCAGCAAUGCUCUGAAGGAUCUGUGAGAUUGAUUAACGGGACGACUGAGAACGAAGGCAUAGUGCACAUUUGUAUCGACGGACAGUGGAACACAGCGUGUAGUCGUGGUUGGGACAUAGCGGAGAUCCUUGUCACAUGUAGGGAGCUUGGAUUUAUGCAUGGUUACCCUCUCGAUGCCUAUAGCACAGAAUCAAAUACUGAUAGUUAUUCUUUCUUCUGUACCUGGGAUGAGACUCAACUCCAGCACUGUUCUCAUUUUGAUUUUUGUCUUAACUCACAUGAUGUUGCUAGAGUAAAAUGUCAUAAUGUUUCAGAGUGCAACGAGACUGAUGUUCGACUGGUACAAGGUGAAACAGCUACCAAGGGUCGAGUGCAGACAUGUUACAAUGGGUUUUGGGGUUCUGUGUGUAACGAUGAGUGGGACGUCAGGGAGGCCAGAGUGGUUUGUCGACAAUUGGGAUAUGGUGGACUGUCUUUUCCCAAGGAAUAUGAAGAUUCCUUUUAUGUGUGGUCAUCGGAUAAGGUUGAAUGUAAAGGAAAUGAAAGCAAAUUAAGUGAUUGUGAACAUGGAGAUGUAGGCGUGCACAGAUGCGCCCUUGGAAAAUCCGGAGUCAUUUGUCACUUCAGGGAGUGUAAUGAGACUGAUGUUCGAUUGGUUGAGGGACAAACACCGCAUGAUGGACGAAUUGAGAUAUGUCUUGACGGGGGGUGGGGCUCUGUGUGUUAUGAUCAGUGGGACAUUGGAGAUGCUAAAGUGGUCUGUCGACAAUUGGGAUAUGAUGGAUUAUCUCUAACAAAGAGCUCUUCCUCUUCCUCAAAUGGCCAAACAUACUCUCACCUGGAUGAUGUUGAUUGCAAUGGAAAUGAAAGCAAACUAAGUGACUGUGAAUACAAGGAAAUAAGUGGGCAGAAUUGCGACCAUGGCGGAGAACCUGUUGUUACAUGUAGCUUUAGGGAAUGUAACGAAAGUGAUGUUCGAUUGGUCAGUGGCCAAACACCACAUGAUGGACGAGUUGAAAUUUGUCUGCAUGGAGGGUGGACACCAGUGUGUGAUGACAGAUGGGAUGUCAGGGAGGCCAGAGUAGUUUGUCAACAAUUGGGAUAUGAAGGACCAUCCUAUCCACUGUUGAACCAUGGUAAUGGUAGCUACAGGCACAGCCCUCAUAACAACUUCAUGCUGAGUGAGUGUGGAGGAGAGGAAACAGAUGACUGUAAUCAUGGAAAAGCAGGAGUAAUAUGCACCACUAUAGAUGGGUCAGGAUGUAUGGAGGGGACAGUACACCUGGUGGGAAGUGAUGAUGUGUCCAAGGGGAGGGUACUGUAUUGUCAUAGUGGAGCAUGGUACGCUGUGUGUGCUGAUGACUGGGAAAGCACUGGAGAAGAGACCAGAGUGCUUUGUGAAUCUGCAGGCUUCAACAAUCCUGACUAUGCAUCAGUGCUAGUCAAUUUUGGUCGAGGGUCCAGUCCUCUUCUGCCACUGAGGAUACGGUGUGAUAGCACACAGAGUGCAUUCAGUGAAUGUUCAAAAGGAGAAGUACUGGAUGUUCGUCAUUGUAGGCAUGUGGCUGGAGUUGACUGUAGAGCUCCAUGUCUUACUAAAGGUCUAACUAACUGCAGCAAAUGCAGCAGUAGCAGUUGCUACAAUUCAGAGUUCAAGUGUUCCUGCGACACAAACUGUUUUAUGUAUGGGAACUGCUGCUCUGACAUCUCUACUGUAGUGGAGAACUGCUUUGUUGAGGAGUGUGAACACGGUACAGUUCGUCUGGUGGGUGGAGUAGCAAACUCCACAGGGAGACUGGAGUUCUGUGCUCAUGGGGUGUGGGGUAGAGUGUGCAAUGCCCUGGGGGACUGGAGUCUUGACAAUGCCAGCCUAGCCAGAGUGGUGUGUCGGGCACUAGGGUUCUCUCAAUAUGGUGCAUAUGUUAUUGACCAUAGCCCAGAUAAGUAUGGGACCAGUGAGAGGAAUGCAGUAAUAGGAGAGGUACGAUGUGUUGGAACGGAAGUAGAACUAUUGGAAUGUUCGCAUUCCAGCAUCGGAGUACAUCACUGCGGAUACCAUAAUGUUACUGAUCCUGACAUUAUUAUCAGCUGCUUUGAUGAGAAGAGAGGAUGUGAGAAUGUGAUGUUAGGCUACGAGGUGGGGCGAGUCCUUACAAUGGCUAUGUUGAGUUUUGCCGUGACAGAGUAUGGGGAGGUGUCUGUAGUGAUGGGAUGGGACGCUAACGACACUAGGGUUGUUUGCAGGCACCUAGGUUUUUACUCUGAAGAUGGAGUACUUAUUGAUGCACCUCCUGAUGCUGCUGAGAAUGCACUGGCAUUUCUGGAUCCAGUCACAUGUACAGGGUCUGAGAGAUACGUGAAUGAGUGCAGUCAUGAUGUACUAUCAACAGCAGGAGACUGUACCAAAACAGCAGUUUCAUGCAGGAAAUUCUCUACUGCAGUUGGUGCUAACAGAGGCUCACUACUAACAUGGGCUGUAAUAGGAGUUGCAGUGUUCACCUUACUAGUAGCAUUUGUAGCAGUGAUAGUUCCACUACUGGUGGUAAUGUCCUCCAAGAGACACAGGAGGAAGCAGUUGGAGAGGAUGCAGCGUGACAUAAUGGCCGUAGCUGGUUUAAAUGUCCCCAACUUG